CUUGCCGACAAUCAACAGGUGUCACUUGACAAUCCCUGCCGGCUACCGCGAGCCUUCGUCGACCUCCUACAAAGCUUCUACAUGUCCUACAUCCCAGUCUAAACUACCAGAGUUUUGACGCCAUACUCGCAGCUCUAAUCUCUCCACGAAUUUAACAACAUGGACACAUACGCUGGCUACAGAGAGCCGGCCGCUGCGCGAUCGCCUCCCGAGAGGACAAACUGGGGUGGACGUGAUGAUACUUAUAGGGACAGAGCUAUUGAUCGUUCAGAUCGUACGGAUACUUUUUACCGCGGCCGAUCACCGGGAGGGGAUCGACGUCGGACUCGCGAGACUCGUGAUCGCUCUCGAUCACCCGUUGCCAUUGACCGUUACGAGCCUGGAGGACGUGGUAUAAGAGACGAUUAUGACAGAGCAAGAGAACGGGACCGUGAAACUCGUCGUAGAGCUUCUCCCGGCCCGGCCAACAUCGAUCGAUAUGUCCCGGGCCAAGAUACGGGUAGCCCCGCCAUCACAGUGAAUCCUCUACAAGAUCCCGCUCAGCUUCCGUUCCAAGUCGGCUUUUCAUACUUCGGAGAGUGGUGGCGCACAAAUGAGAAGAUUAAAGAGGAGAAAGAGUUUGCGAGAACGGGCAAGCGUCAACCCAUUCGACCCCGAGACAAUCAAGAGGAUCGUGAAAAGGAGAAGGCUAAGAUACAAGUCGCAUAUGACGCGUAUAAGGAAGAACUUCAGGCGAAGAUGGCGCGAUCCUUCGUUCAGGAGCACAAAGGCGAGCAGUGGUUCCAGGAGCGAUAUUUUCCGGAAAUCAGAGACAAGCUACGCCAGCAACUGAACGAGUUCCGCAGAGGCAACUACAGUCAGUGGGAGCAAGAUCUCGAGUCUGGAACUUUUGAUGAAUAUACCUUAGAGGGUAUCCCUAAAAGUGAAAGCAAUGGCGCAGGUGGCGUGAUUGAAAAGGAAGAGGGCGAAACAACUGCGACCAAUGAAGUCCUUGGUGUUGGUGAUUUGGUCCCAUCGAGAGGCAGUGAUAUCAGGGAUGAGAAUGCCUUCCAGCCAACCCUCCUGAUCAAAACUAUUGCCCCUCACGUGAGCCGCCAGAACCUCGAAGCUUUCUGCAAGGAACAUCUUGGUGAAGAUGAGGGUGGUUUUAAAUGGCUAAGUCUGAGUGAUCCCAAUCCCAGCAAACGCUAUCACCGGAUUGGCUGGGUGAUGCUUCAUCCUGCUCCAGAGACGGUCCCGACUGUCGAUCGUCCUGAGCUCAAGGAUGGAGAUGCCGAGGUGUCGGCGACCCCCGCCGUUCCCAUUUCAACUGCUGAGAAGGCCCUAGAGGCCAUCAAUGGCAAGACUGUUAAAGACGAGGUACGAGGUGACUUCACAUGCCACGUUGGUGUUCAUGUCCCUCCCAGCCUGCCACGGAAGAAGGCUCUCUGGGAUCUGUUCUCUGCUCCCGAGCGCAUUGCGAAGGAUCUUGAAUUGGCACAGCGCCUGGUUCAAAAGCUUGAAGAAGACUUUGGGUCAGAUUUCAAUGCCGUUCUGAAGAUCGAGGAGAGGGUCGAGGAUCUCAAGAAUCAGGGUCGCCUCCUCCCCCCUGUCACAGCGCCUGUGGUCAAGAAGACGAAGAAAUCCAAUGAUACUCUAGGUCUAGACGAAGCCAUGGAUGAGGGUGAGGAGGUCGAAGAAGAGGAAGAAGAAGAAGAAGGUGCACUCGAUGAGGAAGUUGACGACGAGGAUCUACUUGUCAAGAAGAAACAGCUAGAUCUUAUGGUUGAAUAUCUUCGGCGCGUUUUCAAUUUCUGCUUCUUCUGUGUGUUUGAAAGCGAUUCGAUUCACGAGCUCACUCGAAAGUGCCCUGGAGGCCAUCUACGACGACCACGCAGUACUCUCAGCACUGCUGGAAAGGCUGCUGCGAGGGCUAGUGCGUUGGGUGAGCCUUUCCCUGGCUUGAAGCGCAGUGAACAGACGGAAGAUGUAGAAAUGGCGGGCGGCUCUUCUUCGCCUGAAGCAGAAAGAAAAACUCCACGCACCAGUACAACUUCAAAAGCAGAGCAACAACUUCAACGUGCUUUCAAUUGGGUCAAGACAUUCGAGGAGAAGCUCAUGCAGAUCCUUGAGCCGGACAGUAUUGAUGUACGAAAGCUCGGUGGGAAACCAAUCGAUGAGGCUCUAAAGGAAGAACUGGUCAAGUAUGUCAAGCAGGAGGAUGAACAUAAAUUCAGAUGCCGAGUUCCAGAGUGCCAGAAACUCUUCAAAGAAGAGCAUUUCUGGAGAAAACAUGUUGAGAAGCGUCACCCUGAGUGGCUAGAGGGUUUGAAGAAGGAUUUUGAGCUCGUUAAUACCUACGUCAUGGAUCCGGCACACAUUGCACCUUCGAGAUCCGAUGCUAAUAGCAACGGUCAUUUCCCUCCUGCCAAUGGCCACAUGCCUGCUGGUACUCCUCGGGGGUUCAACCUCCAAGCCUUUGGAGGCUUGAAUAGCAUGCCUGCUAUGCCUGGCUUUGGCCCGCCUGGUGGCUUCCCCGCUUUCUUCGCCGGUCAUGCUGUUCAAGCCCCACUAGGUUGGCCUGCCAGCCCUGACAAUCGUAGUGGCGGCCCAAUCAGGCGAGGCAGACAAUACCAGAACACUGGGCGAACAGGUCCCUACGAUCGGCGACCAAGAGAUCAACGGUGGGGUACGGACUCUGGACGGUUGACUCCACCGGAUGGGCAUCGUGGCGGAAUGGCGGGUGGUGGUAGAUGGGGCGAUGGAGCAGCUGGCGGUGCGGCAGUUGGGCCAAGGGAAGCGGUCCAGGGACGCAGUCUUAAAUCUUAUGAGGAUCUGGAUGCUGUUGCGGGAAGCGGCUCCGGCGAGCUGAACUAUUGAAGGGGAAUUUGACGUUGCGCGGGCACCACGGAGGAU